AUGGAAUCUAUCAAUGGUAUGAAUUCAGCUGCGCAGAAGAAAUACGUAUCACAUCGGAGGACUGUGGACAUAACGUCGUCAUAUAACAGACUGUACUACUAUAGAAAACAUGGGCUGCUUGUUCCACCAAUACAGCCGGAAGUAUCCUACACCGUCAAUAUCAUGCCGCCAGACGUCUAUAAAGGUGCUACGCGUGUGGUUAACAUGCCUACGAAAUUCACGCAUUUGAGUUCGAAUAAAGUAAAGCACGUAAUCCCUACAAUUCGUUGGACACCGGAGGGGAGGAGAUUGAUAGUGGCUACGUAUAAUGGUGAGUUCUCACUUUGGAACGGUACUUCCUUCAACUUUGAGAGUUUGAUGCAAGCACAUGACUCGUCGAUCACCACAAUGCAAUACUCGCAUAUGGGCGACUGGCUUAUCAGUGGUGAUGCUGACGGUGGAAUCAAGAUAUGGCAGCCGAAUUUCAACAUGGUCAAGGAAUUGGAUGGAGCACACACUGAGUGCAUCAGAGAUGUUGCAUUCUCAGCAAACGAUUCAAAGUUUGUGAGCUGUUCGGAUGAUAAUAUCUUAAAGAUUUGGAAUUUCACGAACGGUCAGCAGGAACGUGUUUUGACUGGGCAUCAUUGGGACGUCAAGAGCUGUGACUGGCAUCCAACGAUGGGACUUAUUGCUUCUGCAUCCAAAGAUAAUUUAGUGAAGCUAUGGGAUCCAAGGACAGGGAACUGUGUUUCGACUAUCCUGAAGUUCAAACACACAGUACUGAAAACGAGAUUUCAGCCAGGUGGAGGGAACCUGCUACUGGGUAUAUCUAAGGAUAAGUCAUGUCGUGUUUUUGAUAUCAGACAAAAUAUGACAGAGCUCAUGGUUUUCAGGGACGAUGUGGAUUAUAUGACUCUUUUGUGGCAUCCUAUUAACCAUUCAACAUUUACUGUAGGAAACUAUGAUGGUUCGAUUAAGCAUUUCGAUGUAUUGCAAGAUAUAACGAAACCAGUUCACGUAAUACCGUUUGCGCACGACAAGUGUGUGACUUCGUUAUCAUACAAUCCUGCUGGUAAUAUUUUGGCAAGUGCCAGUAAGGAUAGGACAAUCAGGUUCUGGACGAGGGCAAGGCCCGUAGAUCCUAAUGCAUACGAUGAUCCAACAUACAACGAUCAUAAAAUCAACGGGUGGUACCUUGGUAUAAAUAACAAUAUCAACGCAGUGAGGGAGAAAACGGAGUUUGGUGCUGCUCCGCCUCUUCAAGAUAACGAAACAUCAGCAUUCGCCACUUCAUCUACUUAUCAGACCAACUCCAUUUCAAAUCCAUCUGGGCCACCCGUUUCUGCAGGGAGGAAAUCGACACUGCCCGGUUUGGGUUGA